UUCGCUUUCGUCACUCGCUGCGAGUGUUUCUUCCCUCAGAUCAGCGCACAUUUAACAGUUAUUUCAUUAAAUGUGGCUGCAGUUGCUUUGCAUAAACACAAAAACCACACGGUUCAGGUGCCCAAAAGGUGAAACCUAACGAAAAACAACCGAAAGUGCCGUUAAACAGUGGAAACAGGAUUAGAAAAGCUCCGUACCAAAGUGAAAAAAGCAAUAAGGAGUUGUGGAGUGAGUGGGAGUGGAAGAGAGGGAGCGCUAUCGCGGUGGUGGAUGUACGUGUGCUGGUAUUGGUGUUGUGUCCGUAUCCGUGUUAUCGCCAGAAGCAUUGAGUUGCUCUAAAUUCACAGCGCAUGCGCAGGAUAACUCACGCUCUCUGGUUCUCUUUCUUAACUUGGAAACGGAACAGGAUAUUUUAUUAUACCGAAAUUCGUUCGCAGGAAAUUCGCAUAGUUGCGAAAGCUCCGCGCUGCCACACGGACGCAUUCCGCUGCUGGUUCCCCCGCACACCCGCACACCCACUCACACCCGCCCGCCGCGCAACGACACACGCGCCCGCUCGCACACUCGCGCAGAAAUCAAUUAAAAGUCAAAAAAGAUAAGUUGCAGUAUUCCGGGAGCCUAGAAACAUGCUGCAAUUAACUCAUAAGUUGAGAAAAAAAUGCCGCAGCAAAAAAAAUGCAGGAAAAGCGGUGAAAGCGAGGAAACUGUGAAACGAAAGGCAACGAAAGAACAACGGAGAAGGAGCACAGGGAGAUGCUGCAGGGAUGUACUUAUAUUUCGGAUUUUAAGCCAUUGACCACCGAAACCAGCCAUUUGUCUCUAGCAACAAAAACUCCCACGUAGCUAUUUACAAUUUGCAUUUUUGGAUUCUCACUGCCCCGGAAGUGAAACCAGCUUCAGCGGAAAUUAAAACAAAUCGAAGCAGAAAUUAAAGGCACAGAGAGACAGAGAGAGAAAGAGAAAGAGAGCCACCGGAGCGAGCAAGUGCAUCCUCUUUACAACACGACACACAUUUACAACCGGUGACUGCAACUAGCCCACUCCUCGGCCUCCUGCUCCUACCCCUACUCACCAUCCCCCAGUUGUUCUUUGUAAUUUGUUAUCUCUGUUUUCAUAACUUGGGCAGCAGCCGUUGGCACGGAUUAGGCGGAAAACGUCAGCUAUCAGGACGUCAAGGAGCAUUCUGUUCCAAAGUUUAGGAACUCACAACGAAUAAACCGAACUUGCAUUUUUAUAUCGCAUUUUGUAAGGAACCCAAGGAACGUGUUCAGCAUUGACCAAAUGCCAUCGUUUUCAACGCUAGUUGGACGAGCAAGCACACACGGCAAUUAAAAGAAGUUGCCUUUGAACGAAACCCCACCCAAGGCGAGAGGAAAGGACCGGAACGAAGGAAGAGAUUCCCAAUCGGAUUCCCACUAAUAAAUGCAGUGGAAGAAGAAGUUUACUCGAUUGAAAGCAGCUACUGGAAAUUCGCGUGUGCGAAGAAUGCUUUGUUGUGGACGAAGAAAGGAGAAUGGAAGAUCAGUUCCUGAUGUCACUGCCAGCCCUGGACGCGCUCCGCCUGGACCGCUGCCCGCCAACCAGCUGUCCUCGCUGGGUAACCAGCAACAUCAUGGCAACCAGCAACAUCACGGAAACCAGCAGCAUCAUGGAAAUCAGCACGGCAACCAUCGUGGACAGAGCGGCAGUUUGUCGAACUCCGCCGGGGUUAAGGAUCCUGUGAUGCUCCAGGGCGACUUCCGCAAAGUCAGUGGCAUCAGCUCGGAGAUCUUCCGCCAGAUAGAGGCGGUUGAGAAUGACCACGACCCAAAUACGGCUGCGGCUUUGGAGGCGGUGGAGCGUCGCGGAGAGAUGAUUGUGCGCGUCCUGGAACCCCGUUGCAUGGGCAGCAAACAAGCUGUGGACGCCGCCCAUAAACUGAUGAACAAGGCAGAUGGCCGACACACCGUGCAGUUAGUGGAGAUCGUCAAGCGACCGGGUCAGACCUUGGGCUUGUACAUCCGCGAGGGAAACGGAGCGGAUCGUACCGACGGCGUUUUCAUCUCGCGGAUUGCGCUGGAAUCGGCGGUCUACAACAGCGGAUGCUUGCGGGUGGGCGAUGAAAUUCUGGCGGUGAAUCUAGUGGACGUGACCCACAUGUCCCUGGACGAUGUCGUCAUCAUUAUGUCAAUUCCACGCCGGCUGGUUCUUGCGAUACGUCAGCGUCGCGGCAAUCGAGGUACAGGAUCUCCCGGACCGCCAACGCUCUCCCGGCCGGAACAAAAGCCGCCACCGGUUGUUGUGAUCAAGCGGGAUUUGCGGGACGAAGAUCUAGACGAGACGGACCGGAUGCCGAGGCCGCGCUCAUCACGUGAAAGACGUACAGGUAGAGAUGGUCGCGAAAUGACGGAAUCGCGAUCUCGUCUGGGUCUGGGCCUUAAUAACUACAGCCCGCAGUCGGAGCAGCUGGAUAUGUACUACAAUACCCGCGGCGGAGGUGGAGCUAUGGGUGAGCCGCCAAACUGGGGAUACAAACCACCUCCACCGCCGUCUUCAGUGAUCACGGAGCAGCCCACGAAAGGUCACGCUUUUGCGCCAUCUCAUGCUUACUACCAGAAUGCCGGAACCUUGGAGAGCCUGGCGGAGAAGGUACACGCCUUCUAUCCUGGACAGCCCGGCGGCCCACCUGUGGGUCCCUCGAGAAGAAUGUCCACUGGCACUGGAAACGUGGGUCUCGCUCAACAGCAUGCUAGAUUCCCCCGAUCUGGUUCAGAUCAGCAUUUACCUCGCGUUGAAUAUGCCGACUACUCAAAUUCUUUGGGGCGGCAUUCCCUUCUACGAUCGAGUUUGAAACCAGGAACGGCUGGUGGUGGUCCAAUGCCAGUGGGAGUGGGAGGCACUCUUGGGCGGUACGGGCGCUAUGAUCAACAGAGAGCCGGAGUAUCGAAGUACGGUUCCCCGGCUGGAGGAGCUCAAUCGUUGACCCGUCGAUCCAGACCAAAUCUGGAUUAUUCUAGCGAUACGGAGGCCACAAUUGGACCCAGACCAAGUUACUACUACUAUAACAGACCCGCCAUCGGCAGCAUGCCAAGGGGAGCAAGUGGAGCUGGGGGAGGUGUAGGUGCAGCUGCAGCAGCUGCCUUACUGGCCGGAGCUGCGGAUCUCAAUAAAUUUAACUCAUUGCCUCGCGAACGACCUGGAGUGAGAUUGCAGGGCAUUCGCUCCAGGAUGGGAGAUCGUUUGGUAGACGAGAACGACGGGAACACUUCGGCUCCAGAAUUCGACGCGCGAAGAGGCAGGGACCUGCGACAGCGAAUUACCGCCAGCCCGUCGAUAUUCACGGCGGACGAAUACCGCGCCUGGCUGAGAAGGGCUCCUAGCAGUUCUGCGAUUGCGGAACAGAUGCGAAUGACUCGGGACAUGUUUGCCCAGCCGAGAGCUCAGAGAUUCUCCUGCAGCGCCGAAAACAUUCACGAUGCACUGAGAAAUACGGAGAGCAUAUACUCCAGUAGAACCCACAUUCUCGGCACGGGGACUCUCGAUCGGAACAUGGGACUGACCCGACCUAUAUCUGCACUCCCUGUACGAUCCAUGUCCUCGCAGCACAUUGGAGGAGCGGGUUCUAUUCGAUCUCCCAGCAUAAGACGAAUGCGGCAGCUUUUGGAGCUUUCCUCUGGUCCUGCCAGUCCCAGCGGUAGCAUUCUUAGCACUGGUGGUCACCAAAGCCCAGCUCCAACGCCAAGCGCUACGCUGCCACGCUCACACCGCCAGAUCGAUAUCAAUCCGGCGGAGUUUGCCAAGUACAAGCUGGAUAAGCCCAUUGUGGAUAUCGGAGGCAUAUCCGGGAUGUUGUGGAUUCAUUUGCUGGCAGGUCGCGGACUGAGAACAUCUCCAGAGGGAGCGGGAGGAGCGGCACCACCAGGUCAAACAAGAGAUCUGUAUUGCGUGAUCGAGUGCGAUCGCGUGCACAAAGCCCGGACUGUGGUUCGCUCCGGCGACCUGCAGUUCGACUGGGACGAGUCGUUCGAGCUAGACUUGGUGGGUAACAAGCAACUGGAUGUGCUGGUCUACUCAUGGGAUCCGCAACACCGACACAAGCUCUGCUAUCGAGGCGCUAUCUCAUUGUCGUCAAUCCUUCGGCAAUCUCCACUUCACCAGCUGGCUUUAAAGGUCGAGCCCAGAGGCACGAUAUACAUUCGAAUGCGGCACACGGAUCCACUGGCGCUCUACAAGAGAAGGGGACUGCCUAGCUUGAGGGCUGGCUAUCCUACGCUCUUCGGCGCCGACUUGGAAACAGUGGUCAACAGAGAGUCUAAGAACGCUCCCGGAAGUGCUCCAGUUCCGAUUGUUUUGAGGCGCUGUGUGGAGGAGGUGGAGCGCCGUGGGCUCGAUAUAAUCGGGCUGUACCGACUGUGCGGCUCCGCCACAAAGAAGAGACUGCUGCGCGAGGCCUUCGAACGCAACAGUCGAGCCGUGGAAUUGAGCCCGGAACAUGUUCCUGACAUCAACGUCAUCACCGGCGUGCUCAAGGAUUACCUUAGGGAGCUGCCCGAGCCGCUGUUCACGCGUUGUCUCUUCCAGAUGACGGUGGAUGCCUUAGCUGUCUGCUUGCCAGAUGACCCAGAGGGCAAUGCGAAACUGAUGCUUAGCAUACUCGACUGCCUGCCGCGGGCCAACAGGGCCACCCUGGUAUUCCUGCUAGACCACCUCUCACUGGUCGUUUCCAACUCGGAGCGGAACAAGAUGUCCGCCCAGGCGCUAGCCACGGUGAUGGGCCCACCGCUGAUGCUGCAUUCGGCGAGUGCGCAGCCGGGCGCUGACAUCGAUCACGCCCAGCCGAUCGCAGUGCUCAAGUACCUGCUGCAGAUCUGGCCGCAGCCGCAGACGCAGCAUCAGCAGAUGGCGCAGCACAUGGGCGGCGCUGCCGCGGUAAUGAUGGGCGGCUUGGCCACUGCCGGAAGCAUGAGCAAUAUGGCCAACGUUUCUUCAGGUCGGCGCGGCGAGUCAACAGGGCAGCGUGGAAGCAAAGUCAGUGCGUUGCCAGCGGACAGACAGCAACUUCUACUGCAGCAGCAGGCGCAGCUCAUGGCGGCGGGCAAUCUUCUGCGCUCGUCCACUUCGGUAACCAACAUACUCUCCCAAGGCCAUCCUCAGCUCUCAGCCACAGCCAACAGUCAUCUGUAUCAAUCAGUAGUGGGUCAGUUAGCUCAAUCGCAUCGAGCCUUGCAACAAGCGGUGCAACAGCCCUAUCAAUUGGGGGGCUCAGUGGGCUCAGCAAUUCCCGACCCAUCGCCACUGCCACUUCCAGGCACACCCUCCCCCGGCAGUAGUUCUGCUUCAACGGGCUCGGGCUCCGGAUCCGGAUCUGGUAAAAGCACGGAUACCAUCAAGCGCGGUGCUUCGCCCGUUUCAGUAAAGCAAGUUAAGAUAGUCGACCAGCCAUCCAGUCCCUAUUCCCUAGUGAUGAAGAAACCGCCGCUGCAGAAGGACGUGCCAGUAGAUAUCACAACGCCCACCACCCAAGCGGAGGCAGUUUCGUCCUUGGGUAGCAGUAUUAGAAACAAAGAGAGCAAUGGGACAGCUUCUCACAGGGAAUAUACGGACUUCUAUGAACCACACAAAGCGCAGUCCAAGAGUUUGCUUAACGAGGAAUCCAGCUACAGCUCCAAGUACGCCAGUUUGGAAGGUAAGAAGAGCAGCUUUGGUAGCAGCAACAGCAGCUACACGCCCAGCAAGACGAAUGCCAGUGGCCCUCCUGCCGCCGAUGACUACAAAGCCAUGCGUAGUAAGUCGAGCGCCACUUCAAGCUCCAGUUCAUCCCAGGCCACUGUUUUGAGUGCUGGUUCUACGGCCACAUCUGCUCCAACCACCUCUUCGGACGAUUCGGAUGAUCUGGUCUCCUACAAGUCUUCGGCCUCCACGAAUGCCUUGCUUGCCCAAUCGCAGGCCAUGACCACUAGCCAAUUGAUGUCUAAAUAUCUAAAGCGGGAGCCAAGAGUGCAGUUCACGCCGAUAAAGUCCCCGGACUCGCCAUCGCCCCCGGGUGGUGGCGACGGUUUGCCCAAGGGGACUUACCAACUGGUCACGCCUAGCUCAGGAACAACCCCAAAACCUGGUUCUACUACUGGAGCUAUAAGCAAGCACACCACCACUUCAGCUGACUCGAAUAAUCAUUCCAACAGCCAGAAGUUGUCAUCACCCUCGCGAAUGACCAGUUCCAAGGAUAGCAGGACUGGGGCGGUCAGCUGUACCACUGCCUCGUCAUCGCUGGUUUCAACUGGUCGACGACUGUUCGAUAGCCUGGCCUCUUCAUCGUCAUCGGAAACGGAGACAAAGACCUACAUAGGAGGCACUACUGCUGCAAGCGCGGCUAGUACGACCACAACGUAUACCAACGAACCCAGGAACUCCGGCAGUAGUAGCAGUAAGUCGGGAAUGGGAGGGGGAUCAGGAUCUGGGUUGGGGACGGGCUCAGGAGCAAACUCCGAGCAUCGAAGCUACGGCAGUACGCUAUUCAGCAGUAGUGGCUUGGGAAAUGGCAACGGAAGUAGCCACAAUCCCAGUCCCUUUACCACCACCAACGGCAAUGGCAACCACAAUACCAUGCAUCUGUACGGUACCUUGCCCAAAAACGGAGCUUCCACAGGAGCAGCUCUGUUCAGUGGCUCGGCCAACAGCUCCUCCUACCACUCUUCGGGAGGUGGCAGUGGAGCGGGUACCGCUAGCAGCAGUGGGGUCAGCUCCAUGACGGGCUCCACCAAUAGCUACGACUUUUACACUAGCGGCAGUUCCACUGUAAGCAGUUCCCGACCCUUCGCCAACGGGGGCAACAACUACCACACUCUGGGAACGUAUAGGGCUCAGUAUGCAGCGACAAAUCCUUUUCUAGACGCCUUCGACGAGAAGCCAAGCAGCAACGGGGCUAAUAGUCAGGGAGAAGAUAAGUUGGGUGCGGACAAGGGCCACCACAGGGCGGCUGUAAUAGCUGCUUUCCAAUCGUCGGGAGACUCGAAAAACGGUAGCGACGAGUAUGACGAUAUCAAGUGAGCUAUGAAAAAUGCUCUUAAAUGAGGUUAGAAAGGAAAUUGGGUAGGACUCGUUUAUUCGCUUGAAUAUGGCAAGAAAAAACAAUUUUGAAUGCCAAUCUCACUGCUUCAAUCCUCUAGGUUCCCGCUCUAAAUAUAUGCAAAGGUCUUUUCCAAAUUAAUAUAAUAUGUUUCCAAGUGCUUAUUUAACCUUCGAGCUAAGGUUUUUCCAACAUUUUAGUUUGUACAUAGAAGCGCAGUUACCGAAGGAGUACGAAAAUGAAUGCCAUACAAUGCUGAAAGUGUUCUUUUGAAGUAUUUACAGUUUACAAAUUUACAAGAUACGGUGAUUAUCGAAUAUAAUCCUUAACAAUAAACGAUAUGUACGAGUAAAACCGAAAGUCAAAUCCCUAUUGAUCAGAAGCUCCAAUGGCAACCCCUUCGGAUCAAGCGGAUGGAGAAGUUUGUUCUGGUAGCAUGGACUUUGCUGUAAUGCUUGAGAAUGGGUAGCCAUUAGCUAAAAAAAAUCCGAAUUCAAUAACAUUACGAACAGUAUUUUUGAACGAACUAAACGUUAAACUAAAGACAACAGCGUAUACAACAAAUUACAUUUAAAUAUAUGAAUAGAGAAACUUAAACGAAUGGUUGAUAGCGCAUUUAAUUUUUACAAACAAACCACAUCUACAUACAUUUCUACACUGGCGAACCACACUAAUGCACAUACCACUACGUCAUAAUAUGCCAUUAAUACUUUCGCAUACUCCCGUUAGACAAUGGAAAUUGUAUAUAAGGAAAGCAGCUUUUUCACCAGUUUUCUAGCAAUAAUCUACCACAUCCACUGCUAUGUGUGUUUCAAUGUGACCAACUCUCUAACCUGUAAACCAAUAUACACGACUAAACAAGCAAGCUAAACUAACUAUUGGACAUCUUUUUGAGGAACAUACAUAUUGCAUACAACGUUUCUCUACGCCUCUUAUAUAUAACUCUAUAUACCCGUGCAUGUGGGAUCGAAAGAACCGAUCGAAGUGACGUGGGCAACAGUAUUAUGGUUUUCAGACCUCGUAUUAGAGUCCACAUAUGCAGACACCACACGGAAACCGACAUGGAAAAUACAAAUACAUGAAUUUAUUGACGAAUCGAUGUGCUUAGUUUUUGUAUGAAACAAAGUCUGAUAUACACACUAAUAUACAACAGUACAGUAUAAUAUUUAUAAACAUAAUUAUACAAGCUUUGAAAAAAACUAAAAAAAAAAGAAUGGACAAGUAAUGCUAUAAAGAUAUAUAUAAAACAACAUAUUAAAACGCUUUGCGACUAAGAACAAUUUUACAGCAGUUAUGUUUUCAAAGCUUUUUAUAACCUCACGACCAGGUGUGCUUAGCCCCAAUCUUAUGGAACAUUACUUUUAAUGAGCCGAAUAGAACCCUACGAACUAAUUUUGAGCUAAAAUGAUACAUGAUACCGGACUGUAAAUAACCAGAUCGCAUUGAAUCCAUUUGCUAGUCAGAAAUCCAAAGUUAAUUCUAGGUAUUAGGCAUGGGCAAGGCAGUUAAAUACGCAUAGCCUUCAGUAACGUAUCAUUUAAACUAGGUUAGACAGGGACGUGGUAAGCAAUACAUGAAUAGCAGCUCGGUGAGAUGAAAAUGGGAACCCGAACCCCUGAACAGUUAAGGGGUAUGCUAUCGAAACACUUUGAAAUUUAUGUUAGCUACCAAUAAAGGCAUAAUCAUUCGUCUUCAUGCAAGUACAACUUCCUCCAGCAAAUGAACAAAAAUCCAAAACUGAUCCAACUUAUUAUACUCACAUUUAUAAUACAUUUCUCAUAACUAAUCGAAAUUAUAUAAUCCCAAGAGUAAGCGCAACUAUUACCAAGAGUGGGCGUUAUUUCAUUUUAACAAUUAACACGGAACACGGAUGAGAACAGCUUUGAGAUUAAAGCUUUUACAUUUUAAAUAGCAAAUUAUUCAGUUAGUUGUUGUCAGAUUUAUUUUAUUCAAGUGGAGAGAAUCAAAGUGUUAAACCGAAGAGUUGAAAACCACAACAUAGGAAACCAUAUAGUCAAUGGAAAUUGAUUUUUAUAUAGAGAAUUGUUAAUUAUUGCAUAUAGUAAUUAGAGUUUUUAAAAAGUCAGAAAUAAAUUAUAUGGCAGAGGAGUUUCUUUGCCCGACCUGUUUAUUUACUUUAAGAUUUUAACGUCGUACAUACCAAAGAAACGUCAAUGUUACUACUGUCGCCUUUGUUUUAAACACUCGUUAUACUCAUAUACCCCUAGAGACCCUCUAAUCCAGUUUUCAUGUCCUGAUUUUCUUACCCAAAAGCUUUAAUCGUUGAACGACCCGAAGGUUACGAAUUCGAGACAUAUUCUACAUCUACCAAAUAAUAGUAUCGGAGAUAGAUAUUUUGAGUAGGAAGGACAACGCCUCGGCUUAUGUGCGAGAUGUUGGGCUUUAUAGUCGUAGUUAGCUUAGCCCUAAGAUGUGGGAGACGGUGUGGAAUCGAAAGUGUUCAGUUGGUGGUGGGUCUGUGGUGGUACAUCUGGAGGGUGCGACUGCGUUGGCGCCUGUUCUGGCUUUUCCGCUUGCAGCUGUUUUCCUGUGCCCGAUCCUGUUCGAUAUGUAUCUGUACUUGUACUUAGAAAUCGUAAGCAUACACUAUGGAAUAUAUAUCACUGUGUCAUAUCGUACAUUUAAAGCAAGUAAAACAACCAAAUUGUAGCUGGGCGAGGCAGCCAGAGACGGUAAAUUGUUAACGCAAAGUAUUCGUGUAUUCAAAUAUGUAUACAAACCUAAAUUAAUAGCGGCAGAGCAUCAACUACAUAAUACACAUAGAUAAAUACCAAAGGAAACCUUAACGAGAUUGGCAGGCAACCAAGUACUACAAAAUGUAUAUGCAUUUAACUUAGAUUAACUAACUAAACAGUAAAUUACUAAUACGAAACCCAAUCCAAUUGUAAGCUGGCGAGUGGCAGCGGCAUAUGAAUUGAUAAUUAUGCUACCACAUUAGGCAUUAAUGUUAGUUAACAGAAAGUGAAACAGAAACGAACUAAUUUACCGAAAUGUAUUGCACAAUAUCGAACACUUAUAUAAAUAUUAGCGAAAGUGACUAAGCCUAAAACCUAAAAUACGCAAACGAGUAGAAUCGAAUACAUAGGUAAAGGUGACAAAGGUAUAUUCAGAUUCCGUUUAAGUUGUUUUUAAAACUGGAUCUCGAAGUCGGACCAUGAAUCGACCGAUUCCACGGCGGAAAUCUCUGACAGCUUGGAAGGGAGCUCAGUUGUAUCACGGUUUGCAUAUGUCUAAGUAUAUAUAAAGAAUGUGUGAAUUUAUGUAUGUAUUAAAUGUGCGUACACUUUCGUUUAUUUUUAUACUACGAAUAUCCUUCCGCCCACGUCCUUGUACACUUCAUUUCCGCCCCACUUUGAGAACCCUUUGACGCUUUACGGGGAUUUUUUCGGGUUUUUCGCGCGAUUUGCAUGUCAAUUGAAAUUGAGUGCGAAUGUUUCUUUUAGUCGAACUUAACAAGUAAAUGGAGACCAAAUGCUCAGGGCUUUAGCGAGUUAUAGUAGGAGUAAUAUACAAAUACCAAACAAGGGGAGACCCACGUAAGAACUAAGUGCAACACAUCACGAGCAUACUCCAUCAAACGUUAGGUCAAUGCAUUUAAGUUGAAACUUUAGCCCUUGUUAUCAGCAUUUAAGCGGCGGGUGAAACACCAAAAUAACAAUAACAACAGCAGCCAGAACAAGAACAAUCCAGCAAACAAAUUUACAAAAUCCAAGCAAUCAAUUUGUUGAAAAGACUGAAAACCAUGAAAAACAAAAUGAAAACCAAACGGUACUAAAGCAACAACAAGCACAUCCUCCCUUACCAAACGGGAGUUUGUUCAUAGAGAUCGACAUCAAACAGCAUAAUACAAAUGGUAUAUGGUAUAUGGUAUACAGACAUACGAGUAUAUACAUACAAGUGUUUUGGAGAUCCCCAGUCAUGAAAAGCCUCAAAGUUUUUCUUGUGUUUGCAAUCAGUUCAAAAUUUUCGGUUAAAACAUAUUCUAGCGCGUCAUUGAACUUUACAAAGUAACAUAACAAAUCUUAAAGUAAUAGUAAAAUAUUAGCGGAAAUAAUAAACAUAUUACCACCAGCAUUUUGCUACCUACUUAAUAUGCAAGUUUAAUAAUAAAAUGCAAUAAAGAAUAGUUUAACAAAUAGUUCAAAACUUAUCGAAAGUAGGGAAGUAAACAAUACCGACUAGAUCUAUCGCAAAAUGUAUUAAACUCCUCCCAGGGCGUUGUGCAAAAUUAAUACCGAUUAUAUUAAACUUUAAAAUCAUUUUCAAAAACCCACCAUAAGAGGAAGCGAAAAGAACAAACUUAAAUUAUAGAUAAUCUACAUUUUUUCCGUUUGCUAAGAAUUCCUAUUCAUUUGAUCCCUUCUAUACUAAUGGCUUUAGAACGUCACCCAAACAAUUAGGAAUUAAUAUAUAUACUUAUGCUUAUGUAUAUAUCUCAAUAUCUUAUUGCGGUUCCCCAUACAUAUAACGCAGACGCAGCGGACAAGCUUAACCUCGUCGGAGCAAGACCCAAUCCAACCAACUGACACGACACUGACUCAAUAUGCGCGGCGACAUUAGAGACGAUUCGUUAGAAAGGAUAAUACUCUGAUUUACCACUGCCACAAAGAAGCAAACAAGUAAAUUGUAACGUUUAUAUAGAUAUAAUACAGCCGGUACAUUAUACAGAUACUUUGCAUAUAGCGUAAAUGAUAUAUUGAGAUGUGACUAAUUUGACAGGGACACGGCGGGAAUUCAUUGCAAUUAUAUAGUAUGCAUAAUGCGUUGGCGGACCUGCAUGCAGCGCCUGCGUGCAUGUGAUUGCCUAAAGAGCAAGUAAAUUUAACGUUAUAAUUUAUUCCAAAGAAAUAACAAUAAUUAUCGCAUAAUUAUGGAAAGCAAAACAAAUGCAAACUAAAACACAAAACGUUCUUUGCGUGAGAAUAAAGCGAUGUUACAUUAUUUAAUGAAAAUAUAUAUACAUAUAAAUA